AUGCACCUUGUGUCUGCCUUACUUCCAAUCGUGGGCCUAGCAGCUGAGCUUGCUAGUGCUGCCUAUGUCCUGCAGGACGACUACAGCCCAGCCGUGUUCUUUGACAAGUUUACUUUCUUCACGGCUGCUGAUCCGACAAAUGGCCAUGUCCAGUACGUUGAUCGAGGUACCGCGCAGAGCGCAGGCCUGAUCUCCACCGGUUCCUCCGUCUACAUGGGCGUCGACCACACCAACGUCCAACCCUCCGGCCGCCAAAGCGUGCGUCUAUCGAGUACGAAGAGCUACCACCACGGCCUCUUCAUUAUCGACCUCGCACACAUGCCUACGGGAUGUGGUACCUGGCCUGCCUACUGGAUCCUGGGCCCCAACUGGCCCAAUGGCGGGGAGAUCGACAUCAUCGAGAACGUCAACGUCGCAACAACAAACCUCAUGACCCUGCACACCAGCGACGGCUGCACGAUCAACAACUCCGGCUUCAGUGGCACCCUGCUCACAUCGAACUGCUUCAUCAGUGCCGCAGGCCAAUCCAACAACGCAGGCUGCGGCAUUCAGUCCCAAGACACAAGAUCCUACGGCGCCGGUUUCAACUCCAACUCCGGCGGCGUCUACGCCACCGAAUGGACCUCUGAUCACAUCUCGAUCUGGUUCUUCCCGCGCGCAUCUAUCCCCUCUGAUAUCUCGGCCGGAAAUCCGACCCCAAGCUCAUGGGGAACACCUGCUGCACGGUUCGCGGGAAGCUGUGAUUUCGAGAGCCACUUCACUGACAUGCAGAUCAUCUUUGAUAUUACGUUCUGCGGCGACUGGGCGGGCAACGUCUGGGGAAGCUCGACUUGCUCUUCCUUGGGCAGCUGCAACGAUUAUGUUUCAAAUAACCCGGGGGCGUUCUCCGAGGCUUAUUGGGAUAUUAACUCGCUGAAGGUUUAUCAGGAUUCGGCGAAUGCGAAGCGCGAUGAGGGCCGUGACCGCACGGCGCGCGGGUUUCCGAGGAAGUCCAUGAGGGCGAGAAGGGAGGCUAGUCUGUCCGUCUGA